CAUCGUAAGUGUCCCCCUUUCAAAGGUCAAGUAGAAAAGUUAUCAUGAUGUAUUGGCCCAGGUCCAACUAGGUUAGGAUUGACUAUUCGCUGGUGUUUUACACAGCAAGACCCAAAGUCAAGAACAAUGGCCUAGAUUUGUUAAGGUAUGCGUUGGAUCGGUCUGUGGUGGUGAUUGGUGGUGAUUCAUCAAGCGACUCCAGAUCAGGCCACAUUGGUUGCCGCACGUCUCUUGUUGUGAUCCCAAGUUCAGGACAAGCUUUUCGUUCAAUUUCUCUCCUCUGAUUACCAGGAUUUACAUUUUGACCUAUAAGUACAAGUACAAGUGUGUAUGUGGUGUUUUCUUCUUUGCUAUACAGAUGGAUGCUGAUGUCAUGUCUUCAGAAGUACCACCCAAAUCACGUUUUAACCCUUUGAACAGAGAUUGGCUGCGAAGAACGCCACCAAAGAUGACGGAGACGAAGGCACAGAAGAAAGGUGGCUUCCACAUCAACGAGGAUGACCUGCUCUGUAAGAAUGGCUGUGGUUUCUAUGGUAACCCAGCAUGGCAGAACUUUUGUUCUAAAUGUUACCGGGAUGUUUACCAGAAAGCCAAGCAAGCUCAGCUGCAGCAUGACGAGGACAAGAAGAAACCUGUGAAGAGGCCGUCUGGUGCUUCAGACAUCACUGCGUCCUUCCUCAAGUUUGAGGAGAAAAAGAAACAAAUAGCAGAGAAGAGAGCCAACACUGUCAAGUCGAUCUUUAUGAAGAGGACCUCCACAAAGGAAUCCCAAGAUCAUCACGGUCGCAAAGAAUCUCAUCGCACCAAUACAACCAGCUUAGAAAGCCAACAAGUCGGUGGAGACUUUGCUGAUUUCCUUCGAACGUUACGUCGACCAGCUGCUCUAGACAUAUCGAGACAAGUGCGCGCAUUUAUUGAACAGAUUCAGGUGCUUGGAGAGAUUCCAGUCGACGAGCACUCUGAGAUGGUGCAGGAUUUUUAUCAGAAGAUUGGUGAUAGGUUGCAUACCAAUACUCUUUUUAAAGGCAUUUCCAGCGAAACUAUCGAUACUCUCAUGGACUUCAUCGAAAAAUAUAUCAUGACUCGGAUGUAUCGGACCGUCUUCUGUCCGCCAACAGCAGAUGAUGAAGAAAAGGAUCUCGCCGUUCAGAACAAGAUCCGCAGUCUUCACUGGGUGUCUGCUCAACAACUUGAUGCUCUGAUUACGGAGAAUGACCUUGAGAUUCGCGGCACCAUCGAUGCAGCAAUCACAGAUAUCAUUGAGAUGGACUCAAAGCGGGCUCCACAGGACAAACUUGCCUGCAUCGUCCACUGCAGCAAACAUAUCUUUGAGAUUCUGCGCAUGUCUAAGAACGGUCCAGCCAGUGCUGAUGAGUUCCUGCCGGCAUUGAUCUACAUCGUCCUCAAGGCUAAUCCGCCCCUCCUUCAGUCGAAUAUCCAGUUCAUAACUAGGUUUGCCAACCCGAAGCGACUCAUGAGUGGAGAGGCGGGAUAUUACUUCACUAAUCUGUGCUGUGCAGUUGCAUUUAUUCAAAACAUCGACGCCCAAUCACUGAGCUUAGAGGAGGAGGAGUAUGAACGUUACAUGUCUGGGGAGGUGGCGCCACCUACAGAUAACUUUAUGUGUGAAGGACUUCGGCUCAUGUAUCAGAACUUGAACACGUUAGCGGACUUGCAACAACGACAUGAGAAACUCAUGGCUGAAGCGUUACAGCUCCAGCAAGAUAUGAGAGAGUUUAAGGACAGCUUCAAAGCUCACAUACAAACUGUUCUUCAUAAUACACCACUGGUUAUUAAACCAAGGAAAACCAAAGUUGAUCUGGACCAACUGGAGAAUGUUGAUAGUGAUAUGUUACCACCACCUCUUACUCCUCAACAAGCGCUAUAGCUUUAAAUGCUUCAUGUGUACCUUAUUGAAAACAUGUCUGCCUUCAGAGGCACAGCCAAGUCCCCUUGGCAUCGGGGGAAAUAUCAACCAUUUAUGUUCAUUUUUGGUUAGCUGUUUGAACAUGCAUGGCCACUGUUAUCUUUGGAGGCAAACAUUUUGAUACAUUUCAUCAUCAAAUAAGGCUUGUGGCCCUGACUUGGGCUUUUGCCAUUUAUUCCUAGUCAUGUUGUAAAAUUUGUGGGUAGGCAUUUUUUACUGCCAAUUUUUUAUAGAUCGAUGCACAAAUUGGUAAAAAUGUUGUAAAUCUUGCCUGUGGGAUAUUUUUGUGUCAGAUGAUUCCAGUGUCUAUGAUCUGUGGGAACAUUGAGUUGUGACAAGGCAUGAAAGGAGGUGACUUCAUGCCAACACGAUGCUUUACCAUGUGUUUUAUGGAGGAUGAGCUCACCUUCGUUCUUCAUUCACAGAAGAGUUUCAAUGUCUCGUAUUGGCCAGUUGGUCCUCAUUGGCCACAUGACUAUCGAAAUGAGGUUAUCAAAGUGUUUUAGAACAUUGGUAUUAAGAGGUCAGUAGUGUGACAAUAACCCCGAGUUUUUGGCAGAUCAUCAUUCUGCUUGGUCUUUGUUGAUAUCUUGCACCAUUUUGUUUUUGUUCUUUGUAAUAAUGACACUUCUAACCAAAAGACUUCUACCGAAUGUGUUCUAUAAUGCCAGCAAUGGAUUGUAUAUCUUGUUUGUUUGAGCUAUGAUUGUUCUCGAUGCUGGUGUCGGGCGUUUCCUUGAAUAACCAGACAUAAACCGUUUGAGAUGUUUCCAACUUUUUUUCUCUGGAAAAUGUUGGUAAUGACCCAAGAUCGACAACAAAGCAUUUAUGUCUGAUGAAAAUUAUAAGUGGGUCAUUUGUGUAGAUACUGGGUGUCUUAUUUCACUGUGAAUAUUGUACAGUUUUUAUUUAUUUUGCUCCAGACAUGAAGCUUUGAUGUAUAUACUUGUAAAUCUUGGGAGAAUAAAGUAAUUUAUCAUGUGAACACGUAAAGGAGAA